AUGAUUAAAAGAAAAGAAAUUUCUAUUCCAACUAAAUGCAAAAUAAUUAAAUUGCACAUAAGUGGUAAAAGUAAUAGCCGAAUUGCCAGAGAAUUAACCCUACCUCGACGAACAGUCGAUUGUAUACUUAAAAGAUUACGCAACAAUAAUACAAUAUCGAAUCCAAAGAGGCCUGGAAGACCCUACAAAACGACUUUAAGCGAUGAUAGGUAUAUAGCAAGGAUCAGUAAACGCAAUCGACGUCUUGUCGCCUCAGAGAUAGCUGCGGAGAUUAAUCUGUGGGAAAACCCGAUAAGUGUCACAACUGUGAAAAGGCGCCUUAGGAGCUUUGAACUUUAUGGUAGGGUAGCGGUCAAAAACCACUCUUGA